GAGUCGGGAGCCGCGGCCCCGGCAGAGCGGCGCUCGGGAGCCCCGAGGGAACCAGGCUGGAGCGCGCAGCCGAGCCCCGGCGCGGGAUGACAGCCCUCGGCGUGCAGAUGCGGUGACCGAGGCUCAGGUGAAGUAACCCGCCCGUGGCGGCCAGCUCAGCGACAGAAUCGAGUCGAACCAGACUUCUGGGCCCGAACAGGAGAGACUCCACCCAUAGGCCGCGCCCCCAGCCCCUUGUGGCCGGGACACCGCAACCCUAGAGCCGGAUGCAGCGAGUUCCUCUCGUGCUGGGCAUAAUCUGGGGUCCCGGCCGGGCCGCCUCCGGGACCGGCAGUGAGGAGGGUGGGAGCGGGUGCGGUCCCGCCUUCGGGAGCCGACGGCCCUGCGUGGGAGAGACGUGCACACCGGGAUUUCGGAGCGGUUUGGGGGAAGCGAGUGCUAGACUAAGAGGCGAAGAAACUGCGGCAGGAUUAACGGGGGCGGGGAGGGGCAGGAGAGUAGCCAGUAGAGACAGUCCAGGCCCUAAGAGAUUAAAGUGAUUUGCCCAAGGUCACAGAGCUGGAGGCUGGUGGGUCAGGGGCAGGGCUAGACUGCCCUCAUACCCUCUGGUCCACGGACCUUCCACUGACCACGCUGAUGCCCAGCUGCCCUCCGGAAGAGGAUUUCAGGCCCUGGAUCACUGCAAGUUCACAGAGGGAUCACUAACUCCUGCUACAAAAUGCAACUGCGGAACCAUAGAUGAGAAAAUAAGGGCCAAGGAGGUUAAGAAACCGCGCAAAGACAAACACCUUUAUGGUUUGUAGUCCCAGAGGUUUCCAAGUUCCCUUGGUUUGUUUCUCAGUAGAGCCGUUUUUUCCUCAUGAAAUCCAGUACGGACUCUUAGAUUCCCAGCGGCUCCAGCAGGCCCAGAAGUUGCUGGCCCAAAGGAGGUCCCGCCGGUCCUUCUCUGACCCCUCCAUCCGGGCGCUCAUUAUCUUGUGCACCUCCCUGGCAGUGGUCCUCUCCUCCCUCUCCAUCUGCGAUGGCCACUGGCUCCUGGCCGACGACCGCCUCUUCGGGCUGUGGCACUUCUGCACCACCUCCAACCAGGCUGAGCUGCACUGCCUCCGAGACCUGAGGCAGGCCCAUGUGCCCGGGCUAGCCUCGGGCAUGGCUGUGGCCCGCAGCGUGGCCACCUUGGCCGUGGUGGUCGCCAUCUUUGGCCUGGAGCUCCUCAUGGUGUCCCAGGUGUCCGAGGACCCCCGCUCGUGGCACAGGUGGGCUGUGGGCUCCGCCCUCUUCCUCCUCGCGUUCAUCCUCUCCUUCGGGGGCCUCCUGAGCUUCCUGACCCUCCUCAGGAACCAGGUCACGCUCAUGGGCCUCACGCUGACGUUCUGGAGCGAGUUCACGGCCUCCUUCCUCUUCUUCCUGAGCGCCGUCAGCGGCCUCCACGUCAACAGCAUCAGCCGUACUGACAGCGUCACGCACCCCUGGGGCCUGCCUGCAGAAUUUUAGGCCCCCCUGCGAGGACACUGAGUUCUACCAGCAAGUGGGGUCACGAUGGGACUUCUCCAACAUGGGACAUUCAAACUGCCGCCUCUUGGCCUUGGGGUGGUCGGGCCAGUGGCCUUUGCAGCCCAGAGGCCGGGUGGGUGCCUCCGAGCCAGCAGCUGCACCAGCUUAGCCACGUUAUUAGGAUGUUGAUUUUACAAGAAGAAACAUAUUUUAAAACCUU